CAACAACCUGAUUAAAACUUGUUUUACUUUAAGUAUUAAGUAAGGUUUGUAAUUACUUAAUAUAAUUUGCAAUUAAAAUUAUUUUAGACUACCUCUUUUUUAAAUUAAAUUAAAUAUUUAUUCAAUUAAUUAUGAUUGCUUGAACUUAUAUUUUAACGAUAUUCUUAGUCGCUUGUCGUGGACACUCUGCGUUCAAAAUGGACGCUUUUAUGAUGAUUCAGCGAAAGAAGCUGACCAUAUUUACGGAUGCCAAAGAUAAUAUAUUAGUUCACGAGCUAAAGAAAAUUAUCUCAUGUAUAAUAAAAGUACCUCCACAAAAUCAACAGUUGUAUUAUAAAGAUGAAAUAAUGGACGACACUAAAACUUUGACGGAAUGUGGUCUCAAUGCUAAUAUUGCUAAAGCACAAUGUCCGGCAAUUAUUGGUUUGGCAUUAAGAACGGAUGAUGGCGAAUUUGAAGCUUUAGAUAUGGUACCAUACUCUUCACCGCCGGAAUUACCUUACGUUAUGAAAAAUCAGGAAGCUAAUGGUCAAGAACCGCCAAUGUAAACAUUUUAAAAACAUUGUGUUCCUCUAAUUUUUUUUUUUUUUUUAUAAUGGUUUGUAAGCGGCAUCUCAAGCUAAAGAACAUUCGAAUAGCCGAUUGAUUUAAGUAUCUUUUUUUUAUUAAUAACCUUAUUGUUUUUAUAUGAUAUUUACUACUACCCAAAAAUACUAUUUAUAAAAAUGAAAACAUGGACUCUAAACAAAUAAUUUUGCACCACUCACAAUUAUGAUGUGAUCAUUUUUAUAAUUUUAUUAUUUCAGUAAUAUUUAGCUAUAAAAUUCUUUUAAUUUUUCUCCAAAUUAAUA